GCAGUGAUUCAGAGAAUCUAGGCCUCAACCUUGGGACAACAAUGGACGACACCGGAGGAGCAUACUAUACCCCUCUCGCCCAAUACUCUUAUUACCAGCAACCUCCGCCACCGCCGGGGACGGCGCAUCAGCCCCCGCCGCCGCCGCCUGCUCAGUUGCCUCACCACCACCAAUACCAUCCUUAUCAACCGCCGGUGCCCUCCUACGCCGCUCCACUCUAUACUCCUCCGCAUUCCCACGAUGAAGUCCGAACUCUCUUCAUCGCCGGCCUCCCCGAGGACGUCAAGCCGCGAGAAAUUUACAAUCUCUUUCGCGAGUUCCCGGGUUAUGAAUCUUCUCAUCUCCGAAGCCCUAGCUCGAAUACGCAGCCAUUUGCGUUUGCAGUCUUUGUGGAUCAGCAGUCAGCAGUUGCAGCCAUGUAUGAACUGAAUGGAAUUGUAUUUGACCUUGAGAAAGGCUCGACUUUGUUCAUUGAUCUUGCAAAAUCCAAUUCCAGGUCAAAGCGCCAAAGAACUGAUGAUGAUAGGCAUGGAUCAGAGAAAAGAAUGAAAGGACCUGCGGUCAUUUCGAGGGUCAUUGAAUCUGCAGGUGUUGGCAACAUUCACAUUCCUGGAAUGGGUAGUUCCGCUUACAACACAGUUGGUUAUCCACCUACACAAAGUUAUGCAAAUUUUGAUGGUAGAGCUAUGAACGAGGGCAAUGCAAACAAGAGUGCUGCUCCUCCAUGUCCGACACUCUUUGUGGCUAAUCUGGGGCCAAAUUGUUCGGAACAAGAACUCACCCAAGUGUUCUCAAGAUGCCGUGGAUUUUUAAAGUUGAAGAUGCAGAGCACCUAUGGAGCUCCUGUUGCUUUUGUUGACUUUAAGGAUACUGCUUGUUCAAUGGAAGCUCUGAGUCAUCUUCAGGGUACAAUGCUUUACUCCUCACCUGGAGAGGGCAUGCGACUGGAAUAUGCAAAAUCACGGAUGGGAAUGCGGAGUAAGAAGUCCAGAUAAAGCACGCCCAACCAAAGAUUUGCAUGAUUUGCCACCGACAUGCCCCGCAAAUGAAGGUAAAGAUUGGAGAGUUGAAAGGACGGAAGAGGAGUCGUUGGACGUGAAAAUGACAUGUUCUCUACUACAGGCAUUAUGUGUAGAAAAAUGUGGGGGGUACGGUUUGGUGUUUGUUGUUAAAUAUAUUUGUCUCACCAAGUAAUAGCCUUAUAGAUUGAAGUAAAUGUGAAAUGGACAGAGUUGGUGCUGGAAUAAAUAUUUUGAGAUAUUGAGUCUGCAUUUUCUGCUGUUGCUGCCUUCUGUCUCAUGCAUUUACGUCCUUGUACCAUGCCACGAGUGCAUAACCAAUCAUUGAUGUUACAUAUUUAGUGGGGAUUACUUUUUACUUC